AUGCAUUUCAAUAUGAAGCAUCAUGGGAAUCAUCCAAAUGGAAUGAUUAUCAGUUUAGGAUAUUGUAAUGUUUCUUAUGGGGACAAUUCUUAUAGUAAUGGAGAUUUAGCAGCAGACACUCUCAGUUUUCAAUCUAGUACUGGGAAAGCAGUGUCUUUUCCUAAGACCACGUUUGGCUGUGGCCAUGAAAAUGGUGGCACUUCAAUGAAAGUGGCUCUGGGAUCACCCCUAAAAGGUUCCGGCAUCGACGCCUCUUCUUCUGAUCAAGGUUACAUCAUUAUUGAUUCCGGGACGACAUUGACUUUCCUCCCUGAGGAAAUUUACAAUCAAUUCGAAUCGGCCCUCGUAAAGGCUAUCAAGGGGAAACGUGUGAAGGACCCACGAAAUGGAUUCAACUUGUGCUAUCAAGCCACCGGUGGAAGCUUUGAUGCACCACCAAUUGUUGCUCAUUUUACUGGUGCUGAUGUAGAGUUGCCACCAACAAGUACAUUUCUUGAAAUUGAGGAAGGGAUGGUUUGUUUGACAUUGGCGCCUUCUUCGGAUUUGGCCAUAUAUGGGAACCUAAGUCAAAUGAAUUAUCUUGUAGGAUAUGACCUUGUGAAUAAAAAGGUUAGUAUCAAACCAACUGAUUGUUCCAAGGCAGCUUAA